AUGCCGAGACCGGCGGUGAAGCGCAGUCGCCUGGCGACCAGGACCCUAGGAGCUUCGAAACAGACCGGGAGCCAAAUUGGAUCUCGAGAUAUAUCCCGGUCACCGAGAAGCGACGCAGUGGGUAAUUCGCUACUAGCAAACGGUGCUGACCCUUCUGAUGUUAUACGCCAACUAAGAAACCAAACACCCUUAAGUAAAGCACAGGAGUUCGCAAUCGGUUCGUCACCAGGGACCGAACAGGGAGCCACAGGCAGCCGACCACCUACGAGAGCCCGGGGAUAUUCUUCGACCCUUUCCAUUGCUGGGCGCAAAGGGGACACCAGCUCAAGAAUUCCGGGCACUCCUGCCUUCGAGAGCUCAAUACUGAGCAACUUUAGACGCCGGCCCCGACAAGCGAGUAUUCUACAUAUGAUGCAGAAUGAGGAAGAUGGGUCAUCGGAUCUAGACGACGACGAAUUUCUCGGCGGCUUGAGCCCGGAAGAUGAAUCUACGCCGUUGAAUAUCUCAAGGGGAAAGUCACUUGUUCUCAGACCUGCCGCAUCUUCUCCUGACCGGUCCCCAUCAUUGCUAUCAAGUGGCACAUCAUCGAAGCGCAAACGAACAGCCGAGGGAACCGAAAUUCCCAAGUCGCCUCUCGAUGUUGCGAACAGCACACCUGGAACCCCAAGGACCGAGCUUGAGACCCGAGACAGUGGGACCCCUGUUCCGCUGUCCAUUGUAGCGCAGUCUCCGGCAACUCUCAGCGAGACAAUGGUACCGCCCAUGAGCAGCCCUGUGCCAGGUCUUACCCAUGAAGUUUCCACCCCAGAAUCAGAUCGGCUACAGUCUCGAACAAAAAAGCCUCAAAAUACCAAGGCAGCACGGCCAAUUGACAGCAAGCUUCAAAUACCAACAGCAGCACUUCAAGAUCAACUCUUGCCCCGAAGGCGCCAGAGAAGGGUGGCACGCCGGGGCGCAUCGAAAUUUGAGGUGCUUAGCGAGUCGGAGGAUGAUGAUGUCCACUCGACAGCGCUAGAUGAUGAUGAGUUGAGCUUUUCACCCAUGCAAAAACGGUCCCAGACUCGCCGGCAGCCUACGACUACGAAGUCAGUCUCUAGUAACCGGGCCGUCGCGGACUCUGCUUCACACGGAAAAGAUAGUAAAACAGCCAAACGACAUGGAGCUAGUUCUUGUCAAGAAGCAAGUGGUGGCAAAGAAAAUGAACUGAUAGAGGCUUCCUCGCCUUUGUCGUCCGCUCUCGAUACUGACGAGCUUGAUUCUGAGUUCGACUUAGAGCACGAAGCUCCGGAUAAAACCUAUUUGAGCGAAGAGUUACGGUUGCAAGCUCUGAAGUUCGCUGAGGUGGAUAAAUGGCAGAUGGAAUUCGAAGACGUGAUAACUGUCGGGACCCAGGAGAGCGGCACAUUUAGGUGA